GAAGAAGGAAAAGAAGAAGUUAAACAUCUUGCAGUUUGUUUUAUUAUUUCUGCUUAAAAAGAAACAAAGAAGAAGAAGAAAACAAACUUAAAGAAGUUCAGAAGAUAUCACUUCAUCUGCUGUCAGAGAUUCAAACCUUCAGCCUGCAGGCAGGCAGACAGAGAGAAAGAGAGACAGCUUGUUUAAAUCUGUAGUUGAAUUUAAAUUGGCAGUGAGACACGCACUAUACUGCCUGUCUGUCUGUCCGCCUGUCUGUCUCUCAGCCUGUCUAUGUGUACCGCAGCACAGAGGAUGGCACCUGGGUGUGUCACCCCCCUCAGCCGGACCCAUCGCUCACCCAGCGGGCACUCAGAGCUCUGACAGCUCCGGAUCUGUAAAGCCGCAUCUGUAAACCCGGAUCUGUUAAUCCGGAUUAAAAAGAGGAUUCAGACCGAAACGGACAAAGUUGCAGCAGUGGGUUCAGGAUGCCCUCAGAGCUGGCUGCAGGUCUGCUCCUUCGGGUACUUCUGCCCCUCACUUUAACUGCAGCCUGUGUGUUGCGGUGCAAUGGUUUCUCGCUGGUUUACGUCGUUCUGCUGCUGCUGCUGCCCCUCCUGCCUGAACCCUCCUCCUCAGGUUACGCGUGUCGCAGUGUGGCGGUCGUGUGUGUUUCCAGUUUCCUGUUUCUGUUACUGCAGUCAUUCUUUCAACUGACCACCGCCACCCUGCAACCAGAGUCCAACUGUACGUCCUGGCAGAAAGCUCUCAGUCAGCUCGGCCUGGUGAGUCUGACAGGAAGUGAUGCAGGCUCGGCAGUGAGACAGGUGUUUCCAGAUGUCGCCGUGCUGGUCGUCAGUCUGCUGACGUGGAGGCUGAUCGUAAGACUGAACGACAACCCACACACGCAGCCUCUGCAGGAGAUACAGCAGCAGGAAGAGGAGCAGCAGGAGGAGCUGAUGUUUGAGGAGGACUCUGUGCUCGGAGACGAGGAGGAGGAGGAGGAGGAGGAGGAGGAGGAAGGCAGCAGAAACAGGAUUCUGAUUGAACUGGAGUUACUGGUUUGUAAAGCCAGGCAGAUGGUUGGAAACAUGACGACGACUGGAGGGAAAGUCCUGCUGACCGUUCUACUGGGACUGACAGGUACCAUGUUCCCUUCUCUAUCAUCCCUCCCUUACCUCCUCUGUUUCCAAGUGAUGUGUACCUGGUGGGCGUGGUCAGGCCAGGUCCCGGCCCUCUUCUUCAGGUGUGUGUCUGUGAUGUCACUGAUCUAUUCCUCCUCCCACUUCCUGCUCGUCUACUGCUACCAGCUGCCCUCGCUGCAGGAGGUGUGGCCUCCCAACCGCACCUCAGCAAGCGUGCUCGGCCUGCUCUCUCUGGUGUCAGUGGACUGCGCGGCCCCCUGGAGGCUGCAGGUGAACUCUGAGCUCCGUUGGUUUCACUUCAGCUCUCCUCUGAUGCUGCUGCUGCUCUACAACACGGUGGCCAGUCUGUGGAGGAACAAGCUGAUAGACUGUGAGAGGGGCUUAGAGAGUGCGGGGUCAGCGAUCAGCGGGAGCUGUGACAUCAUCACCGCCACCAUCCACCUGAGCGAUGAGGUCUCUGGUGACAUCACAGCGGAGAGACGGCGAGAGCUGUGGAGACGAGCUCACGAGAGCAGAGACUUGCUGCCGUCAUCCAAUGACAGUCACUCUGACUCUUUUGCCCCGCCCACCCAAAGCACGGCCGUGGGAUUGGAUGUUUACUCCACGCCUCACUAUUCUCUCAGCCAAUCAGACACGUUGGAGACGUGUGAGUUUGAAGUGGACGGAUGGGGAGAGGAGGAGGUGAGGGUGAGAACAGGUGAGGACAGAGUCAGCGCCGCCUCCAUGGCGUUCAGCUUCCUCCUGAAACAGAGCUACCUGUGCGCUCUGAUGGCCAUGAUGGCGUGGCCCAUCACCUAUGUGUCUUGGCUCACCUGCGUGCUGCUGCUGUGGUCCUGCGUGCUCUGGAUGAUGAGGGAGCGCCGCCGCUACACGCUGAUGUCAUCGCCGUGGCUGGUUGCCUACGGCAACCUGCUGGUCAUCAUGCAGUAUGUGUACAGCUUCCCCCCCGUACAGGAAGUGCCCGGCCUGUUCCCCAGAAAAGAGGAUCCCUGCAGGGAGCUUGCCUCCAAGUUGUUUUGUCUGUUGACCUUCUGGCUGCUGCUGCGUCAGGCGUUAACUGAGAAGAAAGACAGACAGGCAGACACACAGCUGUCCCACAUCACUGUCCACAUGCAGGAGGAGCAGAGUGUAGCUGAGGACCUGCAGGAGCAGAAGAAGAAGGAAGUGUCAUAUGAGGAGGUGCUGCUCCUGCAGGGAGAAGGAGGAGGAGUAAAGAUGGAGGCUCUCGUUGCCGUGAUUACCAGGAUGUUUGUUAAAUACUGGAUCUACAUCUGCGGAACAAUGUUCUUCUUCGUGAGUUUUGAGGGAAAAAUGGUCCUCUACAAAGUCAUCUACAUGGUCAUGUUCCUCUGCUGCGUAGCCCUCUACCAGUUGAACUACGAGCGUUGGCGUGCCAUGCUCAGGGGCUUCUGGGUAGCCGUGGUAGUUUACUCCAUGUUGGUACUCAUCCUCGUCUACACCUUUCAGUUUCCCUCGUCCCCCCAAACCUGGAGCUACUACACUGGACUCAGCACUCACAGGUUGGAGGACGUUGGGUUGGAGAAGUUCUCCGUUCCUGUUCUCUUCACCAGGAUCUUCAUCCCCGCUGCGUUUCUCUUGGUGUGUAUCGUACACCUGCAUUACUUCCAUGAGCCUUUCCUGCAGCUCACCGACCUGAAGACUGUGGUGGACACGCACAACAGCACCAUCACCAGGUUGGUGCACUCUGACGGCAGCCUGUUUGACCUGUCGUUGGGUGGAGCUCCUCAGCUCCUCCAGGAGGAGGAGACGAAGUGGAUAAAAGAGGAGGAGGAGGAGGAGGAGGUGGUGUACCCCUGUGUGUUUGAGAGGGAAACCCUGUCAGACCACAUAAAAGUGCUGGUGUCCUGGAGGCUGGUGGUCGACCGUCUCUCUGUGCUGUUCCUGCGCCUCCUACUCUCCCUGCAGCGCCUGCAGCACCUCCUCUGGUGGCUCCUGGAACUGCAUAUUGUCAAGAUCGUGUCCUGCUACAUCAUCUGGGUCUCUGUGAAGGAGGUGUGUGUGCUGAACCUGCUCUUCGUGCUGUGUGUGGCGGUAGCUCUGCCCUGCAGGCCGUGGCGCCCCCUGCUGUCUGGCGUCUGCACAGUUUGGACCUGCGUGCUGACCGUCUGUAAGAUGUUGUACCAGCUCAACGUCGUCCAGCCAAUCAGAUACUCCUCCAACUGCACCAUGCCAGGUAACUCCAGCACCGACCUGUCUCGCUCUGCUCUGUACUCUGGUCCAGUUGACCCCGUCCAGUGGGUGGGGCUCCGAAAGACGGACGGAAAACUGUUGGACUACCUGAGGUAUAACCUGAUGAUGUUAGCGCUGUUAGCCUUCGAGGUGACCGUCUACAGACACCAGGAGCUCUACCGUCUCCGCCGCAACGAAGUCCCGCCCCCUACCAGAACGCUGUUUCAUGACAUCACCAGCCGUCACCUGGACGAUGGCGUGCUGAGCUGUAUUAAGUACUUCCUCAACUACUUCUUCUACAAGUUUGGACUGGAGACCUGCUUUCUGUUGGCCGUGAAUGUGAUUGGUCAGCGCAUGGAUCUGUUUGCUGUAGGCCACGCCUUCGCCAUCAUCAGCGUCCUAUCACAGCGCGGUAGGAAGUACAUCGCCUCAGUGUGGCCCAAGUACUGCUACUUCCUGUCGGGGCUCUUGUGUUUCCAGUACCUGCUGUGUAUCGGGUUUCCUCCAGCCGCCUGCACAGAUUAUCGCUGGAGAAAUCCGUCCUCCAACAUGGACUCCAACGUGGUGAAGUGGCUCUUCCUCCCCGAUCACCUGGCACCCCCAAACCCAGUCUUCCUCCUCUAUGACUUCCUGCUCCUACUCGGGGCGUCUCUGCAGCUGCAGGUGUUUGAGGAGGAGCUUCAGCCAUCAGUUCAGAUCCUUGCAGGUGAAAACUGUGAGCUGGACGAGGAUGACGGACAGGUCUCUGAUCCAAUCAGGCGCCUCCGUCUCAACACCGGACCUGACUUCAUGCUGUGCAGAUCAUACUUGGACAUGAUGAAGCUCAUCAUCUUCAGCUACAUGUUUUGGUUCGUCCUCACCAUCAUCUUCAUCACUGGGACGACCAGGAUCAGUAUCUUCUGUAUGGGUUACCUGGUGGCGUGUUUCUACUUCCUGUUGGUGGGCGGCGACCUGCUACUGAAACCAGUGAAAUCCAUCCUUCUGUACUGGGACUGUCUGAUCGGCUACAACGUGUUUGUCAUCACCAUGAAGAACAUCCUGUCGAUCCUGGCCUGUGGGUUCAUUAAGUCGUUGGUGUUGAAUCACUGUUGGCUCAUCCAGCUCUUCAGUCUAGCCUGCACCAUCAAAGGAUACACCAAACCGGAGCAAAACAGUAAACAGUGCGAGUUGCCAAGCGACGAGGCGGGGAUCAUCUGGGACGGCGUGUGUUUCUGUUUCCUGUUGCUGCAGCGCAGAGUCUUCAGGAGCCACUACUUCCUGUAUGUGGUCCUGGACCUUCAAAACACACAACUACUGGCUUCCAGGGGGGCGGAGCUCUUUGAGGCGUCCACAGUGAAAGCUGUGAGAGCGAGACUGGAAGUGGAGAAGACGUCCAUGGACCUGUUGAAAAGACAGAUGGAGAGGAUUAAAUCCAGACAGCAGAAAUUCCGCAGAGGAAAAGAGAAAAUGUUGAGUUUGACCCAAGACAGCUUCCAUACCGACGUUCCGGAGAACAGGAAGGGGCGGAAGAAGUGGUGGAGACCCUGGGUGAACCACGCCUCCAUGGUGAGGAGCGGGGACUACUACCUGUUUGAGACAGACAGUGAGGAGGAGGAGGAGGAGGAGGAGGAGAAGAAGGAGGAAGAGGAGAAGAAGGAGGAGCAGCUACCUGAGAAAUCAGCCUUCCAGUUUGUCUAUCACGCCUGGAUAACAGACUCCAGAACAGCAAUGAGAGCUCGCAACAACCAAAAGAAACUCUGGAAGAAGAGUUCCUCUGAACAAAGGAGCAGGAAUGAGGCGGAAGGAGCUGGAGUUAUAGAAGUGACAGAAGAGACGGAGGUGGAAGGAGAAGAGGAGGAGAAAGAGGAGGGAACAGACACGGUGUUGCGCCGGUUCUCCUACACAUUACGGUUCUGUUGGGUUCUGCUGUCUGCUCUGCUGGACUCUCUGACUGCCUGGCUCAGCGGUCUGUGUCAGGAACACAUUGACAUCUCCACCGUCCUCCGCAUCGAGCGCUGCAUGCUAACGCAGCAGGCCAAGCAGGGUAAUGUUCCAACCAGAGAGGCCAUCCACGUUUUCUACCAAGAACAGAUGAUGGCCUCCAGAGAGUCAGGCCUGAACUACAGUACCCAUGAGGCCGAGGGGCAGACCUCAGCAGAGAGAGGACGGAUGAAAGAAGAAGAACCAGUGAGUCCUCCUGAUACCGAUGAAGAAGAAGCAGGAGGUCAAAUAGCAGAUGAGGAACUACAGAAUAAACCAAGAGGAGAUUCACUUCAACCCAAACCAAUACCAGGAGGAGAUCCACUUGAAGCAAAACCAAGACCAAUAACAGGAGCAGGUGGUCUUGAUGGACCAGAACAAGGUUCAGGUGAAGGAGUUUCAGAAAAGAAUCCUUUCUCAGGAGUUGAACCAGAGACAGCAACAACAGAAGGUGACCCAGCAAUGGAGGUUGGAUGUGAAGAUUACCCAGAAUGGCUGGUGACUAAAACCAGCCAGUCAUGGCGACACAAACUGUCUAGGAUGGAGAGAGUUCAAUCUUCGUCCUCCUCAACAUCUUCAGAGGGAGAAAGGAUGAGCCGGGCUCACAGUGGUGAAGAAUCGAAGCCAACCGGCGCCUCGUCCCCCGCCUCCCCAUCAUCCCUCGUCCUUCCCCCCUCCUACAGCCUCGCUUUGGGCCUGAACCUGCAGGAGGAGGCGGGGGAGGAUUUCAGGGGCAGGCUGCUGGUUCAGACUCCGGGAGAGAGGAGUGACUUCCUGUCUGACUCGGCCUCCACUUCCUGUCCACCGGCGUCUCGCACUCAGGAGCUGACAGCCAGUGAGCUUCUGAGGAGCAGGACUUUCUAUGACGAGGAGCUGGAGGCAUCGGACAGUUUCUACGGGAACCAGCACCAGCUGCUCCAGUUGUGCUACGCCCUGUACAACAUCCUGGCAGCCAGAUCGGAGACGGUGUGUUACCUGGUCAUCGUGUUGAACCACAUGGUGUCCGCCAGCUGUCUGACGUUGGUACUUCCUGUUUUGGUGUUCCUGUGGGCGACGCUGUCCGUCCCUCGGCCCAGUAAGAUCUUCUGGAUGACAGCCAUCCUCUACACCGAGGUCACCAUCGUCAUCAAGUAUUUCUUCCAGUUCGGUUUCUUUCCAUUCAAUCAGAAGCUGGAGGUGGACCGCCCCAAACCCUUCCACCCCCCCAACAUCCUGGGGGUGGAGAAGAAGGAAGGCUACGUCCUGUACGACCUGCUGCAGCUGCUCGCUUUGUUCUACCACCGAGCCAUUCUCAAGUGCCAUGGACUGUGGGACCAGACUGUUUCCACGGAGACCGACGCUCUCCAUCACCGUGACAACCAGGCCGACUCUGGUGCUACCUCCAUCGAUCCGAACGACGCCGCCAGUGUGCUGCGGCGACGAGGCAGGAGACGGACACGCUCCAGCUCCACCCAGCUGCGCUCUCCUGCAGGCAGUGUGAGCUCAAGAAUGCAGCGGCCCGGAAGGUUGGAUUUGCUGCUGGAGAAACUCAGAGAACUUUCAAUCAGAGCCAAGAAGCACUCCAUUAGCAGGUGUCUGUCUCUCUACCAGCCGGUCCUUCACUUCUUCAAAGCUCUCGUCCAACCGGAAUACAGCGCUGUCACCGAUGUUUACGUCCUCAUGUUCCUUGCUGACACCGUCGACUUCAUCAUCAUCGUGUUUGGCUAUUGGGCCUUCGGCAAACACUCUGCAGCGGCCGACAUCACGUCCUCCCUCUCAGAAGACCAAGUUCCUGAAGCUUUCCUGGUGAUGGUUCUGAUCCAGUUUGGUACCAUGGUGAUAGACAGGGCUCUGUACUUAAGGAAGACAGUUUUGGGGAAGUUGGUCUUCCAGGUGAUUUUGGUUUUUGGGAUUCACUUCUGGAUGUUCUUCAUCCUGCCGACGGUCACUGAGAGGCGGUUUAACCAGAACCUGGUGGCUCAGCUCUGGUAUUUUGUAAAGUGUGUGUACUUCGGUCUGUCGGCCUAUCAGAUUCGUUCUGGUUACCCGACACGAGUUCUGGGAAACUUCCUGACGAAGAGCUACAACUACCUCAACCUUUUCCUGUUCCAGGGUUUCCGUCUGGUUCCCUUCCUGACAGAGCUCAGGGCGGUGAUGGACUGGGUGUGGACAGACACGACUCUGUCUUUGUCCUCCUGGAUCUGUGUGGAGGACGUUUACGCCCACUGCUUUGUCUUAAAGUGCUGGAGGGAGUCUGAGAAGAGGUACCCUCAGCCUCGCGGGCAGAAGAAGAAGCGUGUGGUGAAGUACGGGAUGGGCGGUCUGAUCGUUCUGCUGCUGAUCUGCAUCGUCUGGUUUCCGCUGCUCUUCAUGUCGCUCAUCAAGUCUGUCGCCGGCGUUGUCAACCGCCCGCUAGACGUGUCUCUGACCAUCACACUGGGGGGCUUCCAGCCAAUCUUCACGAUGAGUGCGCAGCAGAAUCAGCUCAAGGAUCUGAUUGCGGACGACUUUGGCUCCUUCAGCAGCUCCUACAGCUACACACCUAGUGCCUUGCAGUUCCUGGAGGCUUAUGGUCAUGAGGACGUGACGGUGGCGGAGCUGCAGGGCAGCAGUAACUCUCUGUGGACCAUCAGUCCUCCCAGCAGGCAGUACCUGAGCGAGGUGCUCAACUUGGACCACUUCCCCCUGACUGUGUCCUGGACUGUCCAGAGAAACUUGAGUCUGGGAGCGAAGGCGGAGCUUGCCUCAGGAAAACAUGUGACCUACCUAGACGAUCAGACUCGCCUGGAGCUGAUCCAGCUGCUGAACGGGACGAGGUCACUUCCUGUGGUCAUACAGGAAGUGUUUCCAUGUUUCAUUCGAGCUCCAAGCGACUCCAACGCCAAACCCAUCGAACAGCUUUACACAGACGACCACUACAAGGACAUCCUGCUGGCCCUGGAGCGUUCGACCAAUCAGAGCCGAGAGAUCCAGGAGUGGUGGAUCGUCGACCAACCGGCUGUCAGCGUGGUGCCCGUGCGGCGCGGGGCUUCGCUGAGUGACAGGAGGGAGGCGGGGCUUCAGCUGUUUGUGUUCAGUGAUAAAGUCAGUCCUCCGAGUCUGGGCUUCCUGGCUGGAUAUGGCAUCAUCGGUCUGUACGCGUCGGUGGUUCUGGUGAUCGGUAAGUUUGUGCGCGAGUUCUUCAGCGGGAUCAGUCACUCCAUCAUGUUCGAGGAACUGCCGUGUGUCGACCGCAUCCUCAAACUCUGCACCGACGUAUUCCUGGUGAGAGAGACAGGUGAGCUGGAGUUGGAGGAGGAGCUUUACGCCAAACUGAUCUUCCUGUAUCGAUCCCCGGAGACUCUGAUCAAGUGGACGCGACGCUGAUCAAUACAGAACUGAUCAUAAACUGUAGUUCUUCAGGACGAAACGUUUUAUUUUGAAGGUUUCAAGACACACCAAAUGUUAUUUGCUGUGUGACCAAUAGGAGCAGCAGGGAGGCGAACUAUCUGAGGACAGCUUUACACAAGUAUUGAUCACUGAGGAUCAAUAACUGCCGGGAUAUGUCAGUUCCUGGAAAACCAGGAAGUGUUUGAUGAUGGGACCCCCCCCCCCCCCCCCCGCAGUGACCGACCGUGUUUUAAUGCAGAGAGUCAUAGCGAGGGGAGGCGGUGUCCACCGUGGGAUGGGCUACUUUUGUGUCUUUACUAUGCAAAACCUUUACAUUUGCAAACAAAACUUUUGGAUUUGCAUUAAAACUUUUUUCAUUACAAAUGUAUUUUACUUGCAAUUAAAAAAUAAAUAAAUUGAUUGCAGUGUGGAAAGGUUUGCUCUUAAACCUUCUGGUUUCAUAAUAAAGACACAGCAUAACCCCGCACCAUGAGACCUUAUUUCAUGAAAAAAAAACAAUCUGAUUUGAAUUGUGCCAUGAAUUACACAUGUGAUGUUUGAACAUUUAAAAGUAAAUUUGUGUGUGUAGAUUUCUCCUAAACUCACCAACAGUUACAUUACAUAAUGCCUCAAUCACAUAUUUAAAUAUCACAUGUCAGAAAACUUGUAAUAUAAAAAGUAAUUGUGUUAAUUUGAGUAAUGAAAGUGCUGAUAUCUAUUACUAAGUCUGUUAGUUUUCUAAUCAUCAUCAUAACCUCGGCUGCAGUACUAUAGUGUACGUUUAGACCUGACGUCGCUUUCUCGCUGUGUAAUAUUCACGUUCUGUGUGAACGUAUUCAUGACAAAAAGUU